AUACAGUCAGAGUCCUUCUACAGUCAAAAGUACAGUUUCCGUUCUCUAAAGUGGUUCUCUGCCGUAGUACUACGGUACUACAGUGAAAGGUACAGUCAUAGUACAGUCGUACAGUCGGUACAGUUUCCGCUCUCCGAAGUAGUCGCUGCCUUGUGCUCUUGUGACCACCCCGGUGGGCGUGCAGUUUCCUCGCAGGCGUAGACUUGUUCCACGUGCAACUCAGCUGGAGCGAAUGGAGUCGGACAGCUUUUGGGCGAAUUGACGCAGUUGAGAGGCAUGACUGCUUCGCGAGCUCAUCACGUUCGUUCGCGAUCAGUCGGCCAGCUGCGCACCUCUUCCACUUCGGACCAGCUGACCGCCGGUGUACGCAGGAGCUUUUUGGACGAAGGCUGUCGACUGGCACCUGCUACUGAGUGCUUCUUCCCCACACCCCACAGAGGCCAGAGUCUUACCAGUUUUCUCUCAUCAGCUGACUUUGGCACUUGCGGAGAACUGGACAGGAAAGCCCUGCAGCAGCAGCUGAAUAAGGAUGGCCAGCCCAGUGGUGUGUGGUGCCGUGCACCCGCAGUGGCCACCACGAGCACGUCACCCCUGAGCUCGGCCUACUCGUCGCCCUGCUUUCAAGUGGACAUCAGUGACAAUGAUGAUGACAUCGAUGAGUACGAGUUGUCAGGCGCAAGGAUCAACUGGCCAAGCAGAACUACCGCUGUGCCGGCUGCGGGCUGCGUGUGAACCAAGCUCAGCUGAGCCGCCUGCGCUACUGUGAGUACCUGGGCAAGCUUUUCUGCCACUGUUGCCAUAGCAACAGCCGGGCAGUGAUCCCAGGACGUGUGCUUCAGCGCUGGGACUUUUCACCUCAGCCGGUGUCCAACUUUGCUCGGGACUUGCUUGACCGCAUGGCUGCUGACCCCCUGUUCAACAUUCGUGACCUGAACCCAGACCUGUACCGACGGGUCAAGGUGCUCAACCGGUUACGGCAGUGCCGCACUGCACUGCACUAUUUGCACCAGUACAUCCUGUGCUGCCGCCUGGCCACUCGCCUUCAGGACUCCCUGGGGUCAGUACAGCAGCAUCUGCUGGAUGAGCCGCACGUGUACUCCCUGGAGGACCUGGAGCAGGCACGCCAGGGUGUCCUGGUGGCACAGCUGCUGGGCAUACAGGACGACUGUGAGCGCCACUGCCUGGCAUGUCCCAUCUGCACGGGCCGUGGUUUCAUCUGCGAGAUCUGCAACAAUGCAGACCAGCUUGUCUUCCCCUUCCAGCUGUCCCUGGCUGCACAAUGCACAGGCUGCCAGGCGUGCUUCCACAGAACCUGUUUUGUGCCUGGUGCUUGUCCAAAAUGCAAGCGUCUGGAGACCAGGAGGCGAAGUAUGAUGGCAGCUGACGCAGCAUCGACAUGAAGGCUGACCGGGUCUGACAGCCAUUAUUGAGGUCGGCAGCAGUAUCCCUCUGCAGUGGUUGACCUGGUAAUGGACGCCACAUGCCAAGCUUGUGUGGUUUUCACGAUUUGUGGACGUGUGUUCCAGCUCAAGCUGCGCAAGGAUUGGACCAGAAAUCUGUUUGUGUUUGACGUAGUGAGUAGCAGUUCAAAGGACUUGUGACACGGCUUUACGAAUCCUUUAAUGCGGCUGAUAUGGUUCUCCGUAUAGCCCCCGUAUGUGCUGAAGCAACACUGACGAUUUUUUUUCCUUCCUUUAUUUCUUAUCAAAAGAGGCUGCCUUCUGUCAUGUAUAAUUAGAGUCGCAAGGAAACCACCCUGCACGAAAUGUCCAAAAAUGGCAGCUGUGCCUAGAUGUGUGAUAUGAAGACUGCGUGCUGUAAUAUAUAGUAAGAGGUAUAUCUUUUUUUAUGCUGCGUGAUAAACUGAGGUGAGCAAUAAAUGGCCAUGGUGCUAACUGCA